AUGACAACAACACCAACAACAAAUAACUUUAAUCAACAACAACACCAACAACAACAAAAAAUAAAUUUUGAUGUUAGUAAUUGGGAAAAAAAAACAAGGUUAUCAACUGAUCAAUUGUUAGUUAUAAAUAACUUAAAUAAAUGCAUUCAAGAAAAACCAUUACCAGAUAAAUUUAUAGAUAUAGAGUUAGAGAAAUCAUUAGAAAAUACAACAUUGGAAAAUUAUGAAAAUGAUAACCAACAAAACCAACCACAACCUCCACAGCAAAAACAAGAGGAAAUUAUAAUAGAUAAUAUUAAUUUUAUGAAUAAUUAUAAACCAAAAAAACCAAUAGAUAAUUUAUCAGAUUUCUAUCAAUGGUAUUCAAUAAUAGAUAAAAAUAAUCCCCACUUACACCAAUAUGAAUGGUUUUUAGAAACUGUUGUAAAUUAUGCCGAUGGUUCAAACCAAUUAUUAUCAAUGGUUGAAAACUGUGAUAAAUUAGUUGAAGGUAUGCAAACUGAUUACUCAAAUUUAACAAAAAAAACAAAUCAAUUAAACGAAGAUUGUGAAAAGUUUUUCAAAGAAGAGUUAAAAUUAAGAUAUAUAGCUCAAUCAAUACAUGAUAAAUUAAAGUUUUAUAACCAAUUAGAAGUUCAAACAAAGAAAUUUAAUUCUCCAAAUUAUAAUGUAACAGAUCCUACAUUCCUUUCAUCACUUGAAUAUUUAGAGAAUAGUAUUAAUUUUAUGAAAUCAAAUCCUUCAUUUAUGGAAUCAAAUAAAUAUUUAUUACAAUAUGGUUUUUUAUUUUCUAGGGGACUUGGUUUAAUUAAAGAUUAUAUUUCAUCAAACUUAAGAAUUUUAAGUAAAGAUAUUAUGAAUGCUCAAAAACAAUUAAGAUCAAAUCCACAACAACCACAACAAACAGAAAAAAAUAUAAACAGCGAUUUUUCUACAGAUUUUAAUGAUUUAUUCCAACAUUCAAAUAUCAGAUUUAAAGCAUUUGCACCAAAAAUUAGACCAUUAUGUAUAGAAUUAGAAAAAAGGGCCCUUGGAACAUAUCAAUCAUUUUUAAUAGAUACAGAAAAUAUUUAUUUCAAUAAUAGAAGAUCAAUUUUAUCAUUAAUUAUGUUUGAAAAAUUCCAAUCUUUAACAAAGAUGAGUGAUAUUUCAUCAAUGAUCAGAAAUUCAAGUUUGUUUAUGAUACAGUUUUAUGAGAACGAGUAUCAAACUUUUAGUCUAUUCUUUUCACCACCAGAAAAUAUUCACGAAUGCUAUCCAUUUACAAAUUUAUUAGAUGAAUACUCUCAUCAACUUUACGAUACUCUCCGACCAGUUUAUAUUCAUAUUCACAGUUUUGAAACAUUAUGCAAUUUAGCUCAUUUAAUCAGAAACGAAUUAAUCGAUGACAUUGUUUUAAAAUCAGUAAAAUAUUCAAAUGGUUUCAAGAAUUCAGUUGAAAGAAUGCUACAGGAUAUUCAAGAGAGAUUAAUUUUUAUUAUUGAAACCUAUAUAAGAGACGAAAUUAGAACUUAUAUUCCUAAACCAGAGGACCUAGACUAUCCUAAUCAAUUAAAAAUAUUUAACGAACAAAACUCCCCAAUGUUAACAUCCGGUAAUUCAUCACCAUCACUUUCAUAUAAGAGUAUUUAUUCAACAUGGUACCCAACUUUGGAAAAAUCUUUAACAUGUUUAUCAAAGUUAUAUUUAGUUUUAGAAACUAAAAUUUUUGAAGGUUUAGCACAAGAGGUGGUCGAAGCAUGUACAUAUACUCUAAUGCGUGCUAGUAAAAUGCUUUCUCAAAAGAAUGAACCAUUUAUAAUUAUAGAUUCACAAUUAUUUUUAAUUAAAAAUCUAUUAACUCUAAGAGAACAAAUUGCACCAUUCGAUAUUAAUUUUGUAAUAAUAGAGCAGAUUGUUGAUUUUCCUAAUUUAAAGCAUUCUUUAUCAACUUUAUAUAACGUUGGAUCAUUAUUGACAUUAUCCUCAAAUAACCCAAUUUUAUCGUUAUUAUCACCAAGAAUUACCAACACAUCAAUUGAUUCUAAAAAGGAUUUAGAAAAAGAACUAAAACAAUCAAUCGAAUCAUUUAUUCUAUCAACAGCUAAUAGUGUUAUUGAUCCAUUAUUAUCUUUAUUAACAAAAAUAUCAGUAUUUUUGAACCAGUCCAUUAAGAAUCAAACAGACCCAAUGCUUUUAUCACAACAAUCAUUUGCAGAUCCACAAAGAAUUAAAGAAAUUAUCGAGCAAGUUAAAGAAAAAUCUCAAACUUUUUUACCAGAUGUAUUGUCUAAAAUGAAACUAUAUCUUUCACCAUCAACUCAAACUCUUUUGGUGAAACCAAUUAAAACUAAUAUUAUUGAUGGGUUUGAUCAAAUUAAUCAAUAUACUAAAAAGUAUUAUACAGAUGAACAGAAUAAUAUUAUAAAUUUAAAAUCAUUAAAAGUAAUAUUGGAUGAUAUUUUUUCUACAUUAUCAUCUCCAAAAUUAACAAAUAAUAAUAGUAAUAAUAGUAAUAAAAAUAAUAAUAAUAAUAAUAAUAUUGAUGAUAAUAAUACCACUAAUAACAAUUCAAUAGAAAUAAAUAAUAACACUGAAUAA